AUGGAUUCCCCAAAUAAUGCCAUGGUUUGUGGCGAAGAUAAUACAAUUUAUGGAAACAAUAUGUUUGAAAAUAGGAAUAUAGAGAAUGAUUAUAUGAAUACAAAUAACAGCACGAUGGAUGUAGAUACAGAAUCUGGAGUUUAUCUUGAUAAAGAAGGAAAGAAUCCAUUUUAUACAUAUCCAUAUAAUUUGAAACAAAAUAGGUCAGUAAUUUUAAAAAGGAUAAGAAGAAAGAAUAAAUAUGAAAAUAUCGAUUUGCUAGAAAAGUAUAUUAAUAUUAACAAUGCUACAAAUGUAUGCUCAUUGCGAAUAAAAUUAUGGGAAGCCCUUAUGUUGUAUGUUAAUAAAGUAAAUGUUGAAUUAAUUUAUUUUAUAAUAAAUUGCUUAGAAGAGAUAGAAGUAUAUUGGGGUGAAGAAGCUAAAAAUACUUUACAAGACAUAAUAAGCUUAAUAAAUGACAAAAAAUAUAAAGAAGUUUCAAAUAAAAUUGGAGAAGUAUUAUCAAGUUUAUCGGUAACGAGCGGGAAAAUAAAUGAUGAUAGCCCAUUUUUUUACACAUUGAUAGUGUCAGGUAAAAGAGAAGAAUAUUGUAAUAACAACUUGAACAUUAAUAAUAAUAAUAUAAGCAUGAAUGUUAAUAACAAUUAUAAUAGUAAUAAUAAUAAUGGUAAUUAUUUCAAUUCUGAUUUAUCAUAUGAAUUAAAUAAAUUUUUACAGUAUGAACAAAACCGAUUUUCAAAUCAAAAUAAUAGCAAGAAAUUAGAAUAUAAAAUAGUUGAAGUAAAUAAUGCAAAAGAAGCAUUAUUAGCUUGCCUAAUAAAUCCACAAAUUUUAUCUGUAGUAUUAGUAGACAAUUUAAUAAUAGAUGAUGAAACAAAAAAUGAUAGUAAUAAUAACAAUAAUAUAUUUUUUAAUUUUAAUGAAAAUAGUUCAUUAAAUAAAAAUUACCUAAUGAAUUAUAAUAUAACAAAUAAUUAUAAAGUGAAACAAAAUAUGUGUUGUAACAAUAUUAUGAAUAACGGGGCUCUAUCAUGUGGUGCAAGUAACAAUGAUCACAUAAAGACGAAUGAAAAAAAAUCAAGAAAUAGCCGAGAUGAUAUAAAUAGUAAUGAUGAUGAAACUACUAGCAUCAAUUGCAUUAAUAGAGACGAAAAUAGAAAUGAUGAUAGAAGCAGCAAUAGUAGUGGGUGGAAUAGUAUUCAAAACAACAUACCUAACACUGGAGACAAAAAUUUGACGAGAAAUCGUAUUUUUUUUAAAAAUGAUUACAAAUUCGAUAUCGGAGAUUUUGUGUUGGGUUAUGAUCAAUUGGUAUCUGCUCCUUUAGAAAAAAUGAAAAAGGGAUAUAAUAGUUUAGUAAUAUUAAUUAAAAGUAUAGCUUAUAUUAGAAGUUCUGUAGAUAUAUUUUGUGUUUGUACAUCUAUAACAUUGGAUAAAUUAAGAUCUGUAAAUAAUAAAAUAAUAAGGAUUUUUACAACACAUGAUGAUCAUAGCGAUUUACAUGAGUCUAUAUUAGACGGAGUAAAAAAAAAAAUAAAAACUCCAUUUUUUAAUGCGCUAAAAUUAUAUGCAGAAAGACCUAUAGGUGUAUUUCACGCAUUAGCUAUAAGUAAAGGUAAUAGUGUAAGGAGAAGUAGAUGGAUACAAUCUUUACUCGAUUUUUAUGGGGUUAAUUUAUUUAAAGCCGAAUCUAGUGCAACUUGUGGUGGUUUAGAUUCCCUUUUAGAUCCACAUGGAUCAUUAAAGGAAGCGCAGAUAAUGGCUGCAAGGGCAUAUGGUAGUAAAUAUUGUUUUUUCGUUACUAAUGGUACAUCUAGCUCUAAUAAAAUUGUUAUGCAAGCAUUAGUUAAACCAGGAGAUAUAAUAUUAGUUGAUAGAGCAUGCCAUAAAUCACAUCAUUAUGGAUUUGUUUUAUGUCAAGCAUUACCUUGUUAUUUAGAUCCAUACCCAGUAUCUCGAUACGGAAUAUAUGGUGCAAUACCGAUAUAUGUAAUUAAAAAGACCUUACUAGAAUAUAGAAAUAGUAAUAAAUUACAUCUUGUAAAAAUGAUAAUACUGACAAAUUGCACUUUUGAUGGAAUCGUUUACAAUGUAAAAAGAGUUAUAGAAGAAUGUCUAGCGAUCAAACCAGAUUUGAUAUUUUUAUUUGAUGAAGCAUGGUUUGCUUAUGCUUGUUUUCAUCCGAUUCUAAAAUUUAGAACAGCUAUGACUGUAGCUGAAAAAAUGAGAAGUAAAGAACAGAAAAAAUUAUAUUAUAAAAUACAUAACAAAUUGUUAAAAAAGUUUGGUAAUGUAAAAAGUUUAAAUGAUGUACCCAGUGACACAUUACUUAAAACAAGAUUAUAUCCAAAUCCCACAGAAUAUAAAGUUAGAGUAUAUGCAACUCAAUCGAUACACAAAUCGUUGACAUCCUUAAGACAAGGUAGUGUCAUAUUAAUAAGUGAUGAUAAUUUUGAAUCUGAUGCAUAUACACCUUUCAAAGAAGCAUAUUAUACGCAUAUGUCAACAUCACCUAAUUAUCAGAUUUUAGCAACUUUAGAUGCAGGACGAGCUCAGAUGGAAUUAGAAGGAUAUGGGUUAGUAGAAAAACAAGUAGAAGCCGCAUUUUUAAUAAGGCGUGAAUUAAGUGAAGAUCCUAUGAUAUCUAGAUAUUUUAGAAUUUUGAAUGAGAAUGAUUUAAUACCUGACAGUUUGAGGCAAUGUUGCAUUGCCUACAUGAAUGGUGGAAAUACAAAUACGAGAAAUGGAAAAAAAAAACACAUUCGCAGAAAAAAAACAAAAAAAGGAAAACAAAAUAGAGAUGAAGAAAAAGAAAGUGAUAAUGAGAGAAAACAAUAUGAUGAAAUAAAUAUACAGAAACAAUUUUACAUGGAUCAUGAUUCCUAUAGUUCCAGAUAUAACAGUGCCAAUGCUAGUUAUUCUUGUAUUUCUAGUAAGCACGCUAAAGGAGGUAUGUUAGAACCGUUUGAAAAUAUGAAAUGCAAUGCCCAUAGCAAUAAUUCGAAUAAUAUUCCAUCGUUUGAAUGCAUUAAUCAAGGACAUUCGGGAAGCAUUUAUGUGAAAAAAAAGCUUGGGAAUAAUGCAUACGCCUCUAAUGAUUUACCUAGUGAUGUCAUAUUAGCUAAUAGAAAUAACGGUGAAAAUGAAACGAAUAAUAUUAAGAAAUAUAAUCAUAAAAAUGAUGAAAGGAGCAUAAAUGGGACAGAUACAAUAAAUUGUACAUCAAAUUUUGAAAAUGAGCAAUACAUAGAUAGAAAAAUGAGAAAUGAAGUUGAGAAAAAAUGUUACGAAGAUAAUUCGACGAAAAAGAUGAAUAAAAAAAAAAAUGAAAGUUAUAAAGACAUAAAUUCAAUAACAAAUGAUAGUAGUAGCAAUUAUGGUGAUAAUGAUGUAAAAUGUGUAUGCGUAGAUUGUAUGAAGAAUGAAAAUAUUGAUGAGGUUAAUGACGAAAUUCGUAGUAGAUGCUGUGAUAGUGAAAGCAGUGAUGAUUGCGAUGAAAGUGAUAUAUAUGAUAAAGAUAAAUUAUGUAGCAAGUCGAAUAGUAUUAAUAAUUUUCUGGAAUAUUUUGAAUGUUCUUGGUUAAGUGAAGAUGAAUUUGUUUUAGACCCAACACGAAUAACGCUAUUUACUGGAUAUUCAGGGAUUGACGGUGAUACAUUUAAAGUAAAAUGGCUAAUGGAUAAAUAUGGAAUACAAAUAAAUAAGACGUCUAUUAAUAGUGUCUUGUUUCAAACAAAUAUCGGUACUACAGGUUCUUCAUGUUUAUUUUUGAAAAGUUGUUUAUCUUUAAUUUCGCAAGAAUUAGAUCAAAAAAAAGCAUUAUUUAAUGAAAGAGAUUUAAACCAGUUUAAUGAAAAUGUAUAUAACUUAGUUUAUAAUUACAUUGAAUUAUCUCAGUUUAGUGAUUUUCAUCCUUUGUUCAAAAAAAAGUAUAGGAAUAUGAAUGGUAAAGAUAAUAAUAUUUUUAAUAAAGAAGGAGAUUUGAGAAAAGCUUUUUAUCUAGCUUAUGAAGAAGAUUAUGUAGAAUAUAUAUUAUUAGCAGAUUUAAAAGAACGAGUAAAACACAAUGGAAUGGUAGUAUCAGCUAGCUUUAUUAUUCCUUAUCCGCCUGGUUUUCCUGUAUUAGUGCCAGGGCAAAUAGUUAGCCAUGAAAUAUUAGAUUAUUUAUCAGGGCUUAGUGUUAAAGAAAUACAUGGAUAUGAUGAAAAUAUCGGUUUUAGAUGUUUUUAUAAUUUUAUUUUAAAUUAUUUUGACAAUGCUAUUAUUUCAGAUCCAUAUGGGUAUUAUCAAAAAAUAGAUAAAAAGCUUUAUGAUAAAUUAAAACGUGAAAGUUUAAGACAAGAAAAACAAAAAAAUAUAGAAAAUUCAUAUUAUAUAUAUGUAUAUGACAAUAAAAAAAAUAAAAUGAAAAAGUUAUAUUUAUAUAAUGGAAAUACUGUUUCAUCUGAUAAAUCAAUUAUUGCUGAUAAUUUUAUGGAUGAUGAGGGUACAAGUUAUAGUAUAGUUUGUUCUGAUGCGAAUAAUGGAACAGGUUUUCUAAAUAAUAAUACUUCCUCUCGUAUUAAUACUAAUAAUAUGAGAAAAAAUACUAACACUGAUUCAAAAAACAUAAAUAAUAACUCUACUAGCGAAAUUCCUUAUCAUGAUAAUAAUGAAGAUAUGCACAAAGGAGAUAAUAAUAAUUUAAAUACCAUCCCUUCAAAUUGUAUCUCUAUGAAAAAUAAAAUGAAUAAUGAACACGAAAGUUUUUGCAAAACCGGUUUGAAUUCAAAUGUGGAAAAAAAUUAUGAUGAAAAAAAUAUUGAUAGUAUACAUUUUAGAAAAAUUAUGGGUAAUGAUAAAAGUUUUACAAAAAAUAAUGUGCACAAAAUGCAUCCAGUUAACGAAAAGAAAAAAACAUAUGGACAUAUUUUAAAAAAAAAUUCCAAUAAAAAAUAUAUCCUAAAAGGAAAAGAAAUGAAAAGAUAUUAUUGCAUAUCAAAUGAAAAGAAAAAUAAUAAAUAUAAUAUACUUUUAACUAAAAUGAAAAAUAAUGGUUCUGAAAUUCCGAAAAAUGAAAUGUGUCUAAACAAUAAUUCUUUUACGAAUAUACAAAAUCAUCAUUUUGAUCAUAAAACAAAUCGUUUAAUUCGAGAAAAUUAUUUCCAUGACAAUACGUAUAAAAAAUCAGAACAAAAUAAUAACAAUUUCGAUGUGUCAAUAAACAUGAAAAGAGAAGAUCAUUAUGGUGUUAAUGCUGAUAACAACAAUAAUGGAAACGAUUACCAUAAUAAUAUAACUUUAGAAAAUACUCCGAAAAAUAUAGAAACCGAUAAUGUACAUUAUAGAAGAACAAGUAUCAGUAAUAACGAAGAGAGUAAAAACACAGAAAAUGAGGAAAAUCACACAAAAAACGAAUUUGCAAGCGUUCAGAAAAUUUCUACCAACAUAACAUGUUGCAUAAAUAAUAGACAUACUAGCUGCUUGAUAAAUGAAAACAACGAAAAAUUUAACAAAAUGAGUGAAUAUAUGCAAGGUAAUUAUCAAAAUACAAAUACAAACUCCUUAUUAGACAUACAUUAUAUGAAAAAAAAUUCAAAAUUUAAUAAAAGUGACGAUGGGAAAUACAAAAAAAAAAAUAAUUCAUAUUGCUCAAAUAAAAAAAUGAAUACAUCUAAUAUAAUAAUGAGUAUGAAAACAACAAAAAAAGAUAUAUUAAUUGAAUGUAGAAAUGGUUUAAAUGGAAAAGGCGAAAAACUGAAUAAUGAUAGGAUAUUGAAUAAUUAUGUAAGGAAUAGCGAAAUGGAAAAAAUAAAUUAUUCUGAUUAUUCAAAUUCAAACAAAAGAUUAAAUAAAAUUACAUAUGCAAAAAGUGAUGACGAACAAAUUCAAAAAGAGACGAAUAAUGUUACUAAUGAAAAUUCAUAUGAACCCAACGACAAAUUGUUAAAUAAAGAUAACAUUUGUUUUAAUAGGGGUGAGGAAAAUUAUAAUAAUGAUAACGAAAAUAAUAAUGAAAAGGAAAAUUAUGAUGUUGUUUCUACUAACUGCGUGACUAAAGAUAUGCAAGAAAUAAACGAAGGAAAUGUAAAUCCAAAUAAUUAUUCAAGUGGUAAUCGCACAGAUUCUGUGAUGAAUAUUGAGAAAUUGGACUGUCAUAAUAAUUGUUGCUCUGAGAAAUCGGGGAGAAAAAAUUCCCAAGAAAUAUGUAGAAAAAUGAUUGAGGAAAAUGAUGAAAAUAAUGCAGAUCGAGGGAAUAAAAAUAGCGUAAGAAAAAUGAAUAUAUGCGAUUGCCCAAAUAAUGAAGAAACUGAAAAUGAUCGAAAUUGUAACAAUAUAAAAUGUGGACAAAAUAAUAACCUAAACCAAAACAAUACAUUAUAUUGUAAGCAAGAUGAUGAAUAUAAAAAUGAGGACGAUGGUAGCAAUGAAGGACAUGUAAAUAUUAACAAUAUGCAGGUAAAAAAUGAAAUAAAAUUUUGUGUGAAUAAUUUUCAUCUUAACGAAAAUGAUAUACAAGUAAGCCCAAUAAUUGUAGAAAAGGAUACUGACAAAAAUCCCAACAGAAAAUUAAAUACUUUAAAUAACAAUAGCUAUAUCAAUAAUCUUAUAACAAAUGUUGAUGAUGAUACAUUUAUUCAUAAGGAAGGGAAUUUUUUUUUAGAAUGUGCAUUAACACAUUCAGAAAUUAAUUGUAGUUCUUUUGAAAUGGAUAUACCAUUAAAUAAUGUAUAUUAUAACGGAGGUAAUAAUGACACUAAGGAAUGCAGAAAUUAUGAAGGGGAUAAAAAAAAUAAUUUUUGA